CGCUGGUGCCGGAGCACCCUCUGCGGAAAGGAAGGCUCGACCUCAGCCUCUGCAGAGAGCAGGAAUUGAGACCCUAACCAGUGGAAAAUUGUUAAAUUGGUAAUAAUAAACUAUCAUGAGACUGGAUGGUUUACUCCAGCAAGAUUUACAGUUGGGAACCUGAAUCAUUCAGACUCAGAUCCCAAAUGGCGCAGUGGGAGAUGCUGCAGAAUCUUGACAGCCCAUUUCAGGAUCAACUACACCAUCUCUACACAAAUAGCCUCCUGCCGGUGGACAUUCGACAGCACUUGGCUGUCUGGAUUGAAGACCAGAACUGGCAUGAAGCUGCACUGGGCAGUGAUAAUUCCCAGGCUAACAUGCUAUACUUACAUUUCUUGGACCAACUAAACUAUGAGUGUGCCCGCUGCAGCCAGGACCCUGACUGCUUCUUGUUACAGCAUAGCUUGCGAAAAUUCUAUCGGGACAUUCAGGCCUUACCCCAGAGCCCUAUCCAAUUGGCUGAGAUGAUCUUUAAUCUCCUUCUGGAAGAAAAAAGAAUUCUGAUCCAGGCUCAGAGAGCUCAAGUGGAGCAAGAAGAACCAGCCCUCGAAGUACCUGUAGAGAGCCAGCAACAUGAGAUUGAAUCCCGGAUCCUGGAAUUAAGGACUAUGAUGGAGAAGUUGGUAAAAUCCAUCAGCCAACUGAAAGACCAGCAGGACGUCUUCUGCUUCCGAUAUAAAAUUCAGAGCCAAGUAAGGACACCUCUGGACCCCCAUCAGACCAAAGAGCAGCAACUUCUGCAGGAAACUCUCAAUGAACUGGACAAAAGGAGAAAGGAGGUGCUGGAUGCCUCCAGAGCACUGCUAGGCCGAUUAACUACCGUAAUUGAGCUACUGCUGCCCAAGUUGGAGGAGUGGAAAGCCCAGCAGCAGAAAGCCUGCAUUGGAGCCCCCCUGGAUGGAGGGGUGGAACUUCCCCAGCUAGAGAAGUGGUUCACAGAUGCAGCAAAGCUAUUGUUUCAUCUGCGGCAGCUGUUGAAGGAGCUGAAGGAAUUGAGUCGCCUAGUUAGCUAUCAGAAUGACCCUCUGACCAAAGGGGUGGACCUGCAGAAGGCCCAGGUUACAGAACUGCUACAGCGUCUGCUCCACAGAGCUUUUGUGGUAGAAACCCAGCCCUGUAUGCCUCAAACUCUCCAUCGACCCCUCAUCCUCAGGACUGGGAGCAAGUUCACUGUCCGAACAAGGCUGCUGGUGAGACUCCAGGAAGGCAGUGAGUCACUGACUGCAGAAGUCUUUGUUGACAGGAAUCCUCCUCAAUCGCAAAGCUUCCGGAAGUUCAACAUUCUGACCUCAAACCAGAAAACUUUGACCCCCGAGAAAGGGCAAAGUCAGGGCUUAAUUUGGGACUUCGGUUACCUGUCUCUGGUGGAGCAACGCUCAGGUGGUUCAGGAAAGGGCAGCAAUAAGGGUCUGCUGGGUGUGACAGAGGAACUGCACAUUAUCAGCUUCACCGUCAAAUACACCUACCAGGGUCUAAAGCAGGAACUGAAAACGGACACUCUCCCUGUGGUGAUUAUUUCUAACAUGAAUCAGCUCUCAAUCGCCUGGGCCUCGAUUCUCUGGUUUAAUUUGCUCAGCUCAAACCCUCAGAACCAGCAGUUCUUCUCCAGCCCCCCCAAGGCUCCCUGGAACUUACUGGGCCCUGCUCUCAGUUGGCAGUUCUCCUCCUACGUUGGCCGAGGCCUGGACCAGGACCAGCUGAACAUGCUGAAGGGCAAGCUGUUUGGGCAGAACUCUGGGAAUGAGGGUACUUUGUUGUCCUGGGCUGACUUCACCAAGCGGGAGAGCCCGCCUGGAAAACUACCGUUCUGGACAUGGCUAGACAAAAUUCUGGACCUGGUACAUGACCACCUGAAGGAUCUCUGGAAUGAUGGACGCAUCAUGGGCUUUGUGAGCCGGAGCCAGGAGCGCAGGUUGCUGAAGAAGACCAUCUCUGGUACCUUUCUGCUGCGCUUCAGUGAAACGUCGGAAGGGGGCAUUACCUGCUCCUGGGUGGAACACCAGGAUGAUGAUAAAGUGCUCAUCUACUCUGUGAAGCCCUUCACCAAGGAGGUGCUGCAGUCACUCCCACUGACCAAAAUCAUCCGCCACUACCAGCUGCUCACUGAGGAGAACAUACCCGAGAACCCACUCUGCUUUCUCUACCCACGAAUCCCCCGGGAUGAAGCUUUUGGGUGCUACUAUGAGGACAAAGAUAAUCUCCAUGAACGAAGGAAAUACCUGAAACAUAAGCUCAUUGUGGUCUCUAACAGACAGGCGGAUGAGCUACAACAACCGCUGGAGCCUAAUCUGGAGCCAGAAUUGGAGUCAUUAGAGCUGCUCCCAGGGCUGGCACCGGGGCCAGAGCCAGGGCUAGGCCUGGAGUUAGAGCCACAGCUAAUGGCAGGACUGGAUCUGGGGCCACCACUGGAGUCCACGCUGGAGCCCACGCUGGAGCCCACACUAGGCAGGGUAUCACAAAGUGUGCCAGAGCCAAACCUGGGACCAGAACUGAACCUGGAGCCUAUUCAAGAGCCCUUUUCACAGCUGGUGCCAGAGCCAGAUUUGCCCCAUGAUCUGAGGCACUUGAACACCGAGGAAAUGGAAAUCUUCAGAAACAAUAUGAAGAUUGAAGACAUCAUGCCAAAUGAAGAUCCACUAUUAGCUGGCCAGAACACCACGGAUGAGGCUUACAUCUUUCACACCAGCCAUUUCUACGCAGAUGGGCCCCUGAGUCCUUCUGACUUCUAAGAAUUAUGUUUUGUCUGUUUUUUCCAUAUCUUUUACCCCUACUAACCUCCACAUCAUGAUGUUGCUCUCUAAGGAUGGGAAAUCAGGCAUGUGCCCUUUCUAAGCUGGGUUAAUCCCAUGAUUUGGAGUGAGAGAUACAAGCAUAAUAUGGAUACAGAGGGGCACCAGGGAAUCAGAACAGAUGUUGGCCAUAGCUCUAACUAGGAUCCUGGAGGCUGCCUGCUGUGCUGGGAGGUGUGGUUUUAGGAACAGGCCAGGACAGUUAAGAGGUACUUGGAGGGCUCAGGGAAGUCACUUCUUUCCAGUAUGGGAAGGAUUUCAACAUUUUAAUAGCUGGUAAGACUAACCUGGUGCUCACUAGCAUUGGCCCUCAGUGGGGAACUGACACAUGAUAGGAUUUCAUUUCUCCCCUCAUGUCUAGGAUAACCUUUUCCUUUCUUUUUCCUCUCACUCCUGACUCAAGUCCUAAAUGUCCUAUUUUCCUACAGGGACUGAGAGCUUCCUGCCUCAGUCACUAUGUGAAGUUCCCCUCUGAGGAAGGGAGCAGGAAGUAGACCUCUUCUUACUGGUUUUCUCCCCUAUCCCCCCAAGCUGGCUACACCCAUUCCUCCCCUGAGAAAUGACCCUGCCAGCCUGAUGUGCCUGUGAAGCUUUGCACAAUAACUUAUUCUGCCUAGUCUCCACUUUCCCAGAGCUUAGGAGACCAGGGAUGGUAUGUUUGCUGGGAAUAUAGGAAUUGCUUUGUAUAGUAUAGAUAUAAUUUGGUAUUUUUACAGAGGAAGAGAAGCUGGCUCUUGAUAUUUUUCUAUUAAGAUAUUAUCCCUUUCUUUUGUACGAUAUAUUGUUUACCUGAAAAGAUGAUUUCCAUUCCUUGGGCACAGACCUGGGCAAAGAUCAAGUUUCUGGAACUGGAACUUAGAACCUUGAAGGUUUAUCAUGGAGCUCUGGACAGCCUCACACCUUAGCCAUUCCCAGGGAACCCCAGGACAACUGCUAUUGCUCUAAGAUUACAAUUCUAAUCAAACUUGAGAUGUCAAUGAAAGUAAGGCCCUCUACAUGUGGCUGUUUACUGCCUGGUAUGUUAGAGCAGUGAUUUCAACCUUUUUCAUCUCAUAGCACACACUCAUUUCUAAAAUUCUGUAGCACCUAAAAAUACUUUUUCUGCCAAUCUGACA